AUGUGGUAUAUUGCUAGAUCCUGCCUGAAAAGCAUCAAGCGCUGGGUGCCUUUGGACUACAAGCAUGAAAUGGUUCAGCUUUUAAAACUUGCGGGUCCUGUGUUCAUUUCACAGUUGAUGAGCUUCCUGAUCAGCUUCGUCAGCGCGGUGUUCUGCGGUCACCUGGGAAAGACGGAGCUGGCAGGGGUGGCGUUAGCAAUGGCAGUCAUAAAUAUCACAAGUAUUUCCACCGGCUGUGGUUUGAUAUCAACAUUUGAUACUCUCAUAUCGCAGACUUAUGGAAGUGGUAACCUGAAGCUUGUAGGAGUGAUACUCCAAAGAGGAGUUUUGAUCCUCCUCUUAGCCUGUUUCCCCUGCUGGGCUCUCCUUAUUAACACUCAGUCCAUUUUGCUGGCUGUCAGGCAAAGCACGGAGGUUGCAAGACUGUCGCAGCUGUACGUGAAGAUCUUUAUGCCGGCUCUGCCAGCUGUCUUCAUGUACCAUCUGCAGGGGAGGUAUCUUCAGAAUCAGGGCACCAUGUGGCCCCAGGUGAUAUCCGGAGCCAUGGGAAAUGUUUUAAAUGCUGUUAUCAAUUACAUCCUCCUCAGUGUUCUGGAUCUGGGGAUUGCUGGAUCCGCAGCUGCCAAUGCCAUCUCACAGUACUCCCUGGCUGUGUUCCUGUUUUUAUGCAUCUACAUCAAAGGGCUGCACGUACCUACAUGGGAUGGCUGGUCUGGAGAUUGCCUGCAAGAAUGGGGUUCCUUCUUCCACUUGGCCCUCCCCAGUAUGCUGAUGCACUGUCUGGAGUGGUGGUUGUAUGAGAUUGCAGGGUUCCUGGCUGGUGUCAUCAGUGAAACAGAGUUGGCGGCUCAGUCUGUAGCUUAUGAAGUGGCUGUUGUAGUUUUCAUGUUUCCUGCAGGCUUUUCUGCCGCUGCCAGUGUUAGGGUUGGAAAGGCUCUUGGUGGUGGGAACACAGAACAAGCCAAGCUGUCCAGCAAAGUCUCCCUUCUCUGUGCAUUGAUUGUCUCAUGUUUCCUUGGAGCCGGUCUUGGUAUAGCCAAGGAUGUGAUUGGUUACAUAUUUACCACAGAGAGAGACAUUAUACAGAGGGUGGCUAAUAUCAUGAAGAUAUACAGUUUCAUCCAUGUUGCUGAGGCUAUUGCGGGUGUGACAGGAAGCAUUGUCAGGGGGGCAGGGAAGCAGAAGAUUGGUGCGCUGUGCAGCUUGGUGGGAUACUACCUCAUUGGGUUCCCGAUUGGAUUAUCUUUAAUGUUCCCUGUGAAAAUGGGAAUUUUAGGGCUUUGGACUGGGUUUUUAGUUAGUGCUUCUCUACAGUCCAUAUUUUUUAUAGCUUUCCUGUGUAAACUAAACUGGACAAAAGCCACUGAGGAGGCACUUGUAAGAGCAGGAGUCCAAAUUACAGAGAGGAAUACUAAUGGUAAGCAAAAAAAAAAUUCCUUCAGUAGCUUUUGGGAAAAAUGCAUAACGACCAUCCGAUCCAGUUCUCUGAUUCCAGUAGAAGAAAGGCCAGAGCCACUCAAUUCAGAUGAGAGGGCCUUGGGCGCCGUGGCCUUAUCCACCAGGCAGCUGGUGUUACGGCAUGGUGCCACUGUGCUGCUAAUGUUCGUCAUCCUUGCUGCUGGAGUUAUCAUCAGCGAGAUUCUCAUCAGACGCCUUGAAAAGUGA